CUUUAGCGGCAGAUCAGCGCCGGGGGCGUACAUAAAGCCGCUCAAGCGGACGCCCUGUCGCACUUCCUGCACUGGUUGCGGCGUACUUGGGACUCCCCGAGGGUAUUCCACUGCAGAACAAAAUCCGCAUUUACAGGACACCUCGCUGUUGAACGCAAGUUCUCCCCCCGUGUCUGUAAUUUUUGGGCCUUUGGUGCACCAGUUGUCAUGGUUCUGGAAGAGAAUGAAUGCGACUCUGUCUUCGAGCCUCAGAUCACUGAGGAACACGUCGACACUCAGUACGGGAAGGUCCACUGCGUCAUGACGGGAACCCCCAGGGCAAAUCGUCCCGUCAUUCUGACCUAUCACGACGUCGGACUCAACCACAAGUCGUGUUUUGAGGCUCUGUUUGCACACGAGGACAUGCAAGAAAUCCUCAGACAUUUCCCCGUUUGCCACGUUGAAGCCCCGGGACAACACGAAGCGGCCAAAACAUUCCCUACAUCGUACUCCUACCCAACGAUGGACCAACUGUCCGAAGCGCUGCCUGCUGUGCUCAAACACUUCGGGUUGCGCAGUGUGAUCGGACUGGGAGUUGGAGCAGGCGCCUGCAUCUUGGCCAACUUUGCUCUGAAUCACCCUGAUCUGGUGGAUGGAUUGGUCCUGAUCAACAUCAACCCAAACGCCGAGGGAUUAAUUGAUACCGUCGCAAACAAGAUUACCGAGUGGACUCACACGCUCCCUGACACGAUUAUCACACACUUAUUCGGAAAGGAAGAGAUCCAAUCCAACCACGACCUCAUAGCUACGUACCGCCACCACAUCACCGCGACCAUGAACCAGCACAACGUGGUCCAGUUCUUCCGCGCUUACAACAGCCGUGGCGCCCUUGAGGUGGAGAGGCCUGUUCCUGGAGGAAACGUCAACGUCAGGACACUCAAAUGCUCCACGUUGCUGCUUGUUGGAGACAACUCCCCGUUUGUGGAGGCUGUGGUUGACUGCAACUCUAAACUGAACCCCACAAAGACCACAUUGCUCAAGAUGGCGGACUGUGGCGGACUUCCGCAAGUGGCUCAGCCAGCCAAAGUGAUUGAAGCCUUCAAAUAUUUCAUCCAAGGCCUGGGAUACUUAUCCAGCGCCAGCAUGACCAGGCUGCGGUCACGCACCACCUCGAGCUCCAGCGUCUCAUCCCUGGAGAACUCUCGGAGUCGGGCACACGAGAAGCGCGGACGCUCCCACACCGACGUCUCCAUGGAGAGCCUCUCCAACGGCAACAUGGACCGCAUCGUUUCCAAAUCCACGCAUGAAGUGGCGUGCUGAAGCCCGCCGCCUGUGCUCACCCGCCUAGCUUGCGCUCGCACCUGGUUAUUGCCUAUCUCCGCAACUGCACAUAAACGUCACAGUCGUAAAAAAACAAGUGACUGCUGUAUGCUUUUAUUGAGCCUCAUUUUCAUGUUCGCCAUAGUCAACUUCUUGUCUCAAAAUGUAGCUGAAAAUUUGGGUUUCCAACUGAGGAUAUUUAUUGUCCUUUUCUUACCUCGGAGAACUGAUAGCACAAAAUAUAUUGAUAUUCAUGUCAUUGUAUUUUAGAUUUAUUUUUUCAUCUCUUCUUAAUCAUCCAUCCAUCCAUCCAAUAUACAAGCCGCUUAUCCUCACAAGGGACGCAGGAGAGAUGGGAGCCUAUCCCAUUUGGCUUUGGGCAAAACUGAACUGGUCGCCAGGGCAGAUAUCGGGAAAUGUUCCCACGCUCUCCAAACCAAAAUCAAGUUUGUGUAUCACUACACCAUCAGUGACUCUCUUUUCUUAAUUUUUUUUUUUUUUUUUUUUAGAUGUAAUUACUGAUGAAGAGUUCAAAUCGGUACCUAAGGCUAGGUGUUUAUCGACACUUCAAUUUACACCGCUAUACACAAAUGUGUGAAGAUACACUUUUAACAACUUCUUUUAAACAGAAGUUACUCAUAGAAAUGUGUGUAUAAAUCAAAUGAAGUAGGAUAAUCCUAUAUUCGUGUU